AUGAGGAUUCCUCGCAGUGGCUACUUCUUGAGCAAACUAUCAGAAGCCUUCCUGAAUGGUGGAGAAUGGAGGCUCAAGUAUGAGAGAGCCAUCAGAGAAAUCGAGUUUACAAGAAGAGACUCCAGCAGGAGUUUGAUGAUAAAACCAGAGGUUGAGCAGCAAAACAAGAGGCAGCUGGAGAGAAAGCUGACAGACCUGCAGGCAGACAAUGAAGAGGUGCAGCGCGUGGCGCAGCAGCUGAAGAAGAAAUGCCAGAGACUGACAGCCGAGCUGCAGGACACCAAACUGCACCUGGAGGGGCAGCAGAGCCGCAACCAUGACCUGGAGAAAAAACAGCGCAAGUUUGACUCAGAGCAGACUCAGGCUCAAGAGGAGGUGCAGAGAGAGAAGAGUCAGCGGGAGAAACUGAGCAGAGAGAAAGACAUGCUGACCGGGGAAGUGUUCAGCCUCCGACAACAACUGGAGGAUAAGGAUCUGGAGAUAUGUGCUGUCAAUCUGAAGCUCGAGCAAAUGGAGGCAGAGCUUCAAGAUCUAAACUCGCAGGAGACAAAGGACGAGGCGUCAUUGGCCAAGGUUAAAAAGCAGCUUCGUGACCUUGAGGCAAAGGUCAAAGAUCAAGAAGAAGAGCUUGAUGAACAGGCUGGAACCAUUCAGAUGCUGGAGCAGGCCAAGCUCCGUCUGGAGAUGGAGAUGGAGAGACUCAGACAGACGCAUUCGAAAGAGAUUGAGAGCAAAGGCGAUGAGGUGGAGGAGAUCAGACAGUCCUGCAGCAAGAAGCUCAAGCAAAUGGAGGUGCAGCUGGAGGAGGAGUAUGAAGAGAAGCAGAAGGUCUUGCGGGAGAGAAGGGACCUGGAAACCAAGCUGAUGAGCGCUCAAGACCAGGUGAGCCACAGAGAUGUGGAGACAGAAAAGCGUCUGAGGAAAGACCUGAAGCGUACAAAGGCCUUGCUGGCUGAUGCCCAGAUCAUGCUGGAUCACUUGAAGAACAAUGCUCCCAGCAAGAGAGAGAUUGCUCAGCUCAAGAACCAGCUCGAGGAGUCGGAAUUCACAUGUGCUGCUGCCGUCAAAGCACGAAAGUCAAUGGAAGUGGAGAUUGAGGACCUCCAUGUCCAAAUGGAUGACAUAUCUAAAUCCAAGCAGGCGCUUGAGGAGCAGCUGAGUCGAUUGCAGAGGGAGAAGAACGACCUGCAGUCCCGCAUGGAGGAGGAUCAGGAGGACAUGAACGAACUCAUGAAGAAACACAAAGCCGCUGUUGCCCAGUCCUCACAGAACCUGGCCCAGAUCAGUGACCUGCAGGCCCAGCUGGAGGAGGCCAUGAAGGAGAAACAGGACGUCCAGGAGAAGCUCACAGCCCUGCAGAGUCAGCUAGAGUUCCAAGAGCAGUCCAUGGUGGACAAGUCUCUGGUCAGCCGGCAGGAGGCCAAGAUCCGUGAGCUGGAGACCAAGCUGGAGUUUGAGAAGACACAGGUCAAACGCUUGGAGAGUCUUGUAGCGAGGCUGAAAGAGAAUCUCGAGAAGUUGACUGAGGAACGAGACCAGCGCAGUGCCAGCGAGAAUCGGGAGAAAGAGCAGAACAAACGUCUCCUGAGGCAGAUCCGAGACGUCAAAGAGGAGAUGGCCGAGCUGGCCAAGAAGGAAGCGGAAGCCAGCCGCAAGAAACACGAGCUGGAAAUGGAUAUUGAGAGUUUGGAAGCGGCCAAUCAGAGUCUCCAGGCAGAUCUCAAGCUGGCCUUUAAGAGGAUCGGAGACCUCCAGGCUGCUAUUGAGGAUGAGAUGGAGAGCGAUGACAAUGAGGAUCUCAUCAACAGUUUACAAGACAUGGUGACUAAGUAUCAGAAACGAAAGAACAAAAUCGAGGGCGCCUCUGAUACCGACUCUGAGGUGGAGGACCGCGUUGAUGGGGUGAAGUCAUGGCUGUCCAAAAACAAGGGCUCUGCCAAGAACCUGUCAGAUGAUGGUAGUCUGAAGAGCUCAAGAUUUGCUGUAAAUGUUGACGGAAAGGAGGGAAAAGAGUGGGAAGAGGGUAAAGAAUGGAAAGACAGUGGCAAAGGUAAAGAGUUAGAACCCAUCAGGCCUGUGUCUGUCAUGAGUUCCCUCAGCUACAGGAAACGCUCCAACAUGAAGGACUCCAUAGGAGAAGGGGAUGAGAGAGUUCGCCUCAACACCCUCAAAGAACAAUCUGAUUCCCAGGACCUGUCUUCCUUCCGCAAGAACAAAGCCAAGCAGGAAGCUGAGGAUGACUCCUACUCUGUCAACUCCUGGAGGAAGGCGGGAGAUGAUCUUGAGGAUCGUGGAUCUGUCAUCUCUCAGGCCUAUUCGGAAGCAGCUAGUCGGGCAAGGAAGGGCAUGGAGAGCCGCUGGUCUGAGUUCGAUAAGGAGUCUGUUGUGUCCUCUGUAGCCCUGCCGGGUUUCCACCUGCCGACUGCGAUGGACCUAGAUGACGAUGCUAUUUCCAGCGUGAGUCGCAUGAGUUCAGUAAGCCGGCGUCGGAGCAUGCCUCGUCUUGACGAUCGCCAGAGUGAAUAUGGUUCACCUGUAAGCCCUAGCUUGAGUCGACGUAGCCCUGGAAGUGUGAGCCGUGCCGAUUCCCGUAUGUCGCUGUCUCGCAGCUGUCGCCUCAGUGAAUUUGACGUGGAUGACGAUGCCCGAAGCAUAGCAUUCAGUGAGGCUCGCUCCAGCGCUUACAGCCCCCACUCAACCUCCGGCCGAAGCUUCUCCAUGCCUCCGCAAGCCCGGACCACUGACUCCAGUCCGCCUGAUGUCUCGGACGUCAAGCCAGUCAGUCACCGCAACUACCUGGACCCUGACCUGGAGGCCGCCAUCAAUGAAGUGUUAAGCUUCAAACCCAUCAAGUUCAAACGCACCAGCUUGGAAGAAUCUGAAGUGGAGAAAAAUAGGCCAGGGGGGGAGGAGGAGGAGGAAGAGGAUGACCGAAAGAGUGUCACCAGCUCCAGGAUCGGCAGGGACAGUGGCCGCUCUUCCAGCUUAUGCGUCGCUCUGCUUCAGCUGUGGACUUCAUGCUCCAGCAGCAGCCUCAGCACCCGCAGCAGCCGCAGCAAGAAGGGCAAGAGCAAGAAGAAGAAGAGGAGAAGCCACAGCUCAGAAUCAGACAGCUCUGAUGAUGGCCACAAGAAAAAGAGCUCCAAGAAGAAGAGCAAGAAGUCCAAGAAGAAGUCCAAGAAAGAGUCUUCGUCUUCCUCCUCAUCCUCAGAUUCUGAGUCUAGCACAGAGUCAGACUCCAGUUCAGGAGCGUCCACUAUUUCUUACAGAAGCUCCAGCAGUAUCAAGAAAGCCCCUGGCAGGCAGGCCUCAGGCUCUGAGGGAGAGCUGGAGCCGAAGACCCUCUGAAGGAGCUCCCCAAUGACUAAGAAAGAGGAGAAGAAGAGAAAGAAGAAAGUAGACAAUCUUAUGAUGAAGUACCUGUACAGGCCUGACAGUGACUAAAGAUUGCAGUAGCCCACCCUCCAGUCGCAGACGCUUCUGCCUUGACAGAUCUGACGAGGAAGAGGAAGAAGAAAAAGAGGAAGGGAGCGCGGGCCGAAGCACCUACCGCUCCCGCUACAAACGCAGCAGCUACCUGAACGACAGCGAU